AUGCGGCUACUCUCCAAGCGCGUCGUCGUGUUGAGCGAGGGUUACCUGAACAAAGAUUUUAUCCAUACAGGAAGUGUCUCCACAAUCCCAGGUUACGUUUGGGCCCUGACACUCGAGGUUCACAGCGGCCAGAAACUUCUAUCUGUACAUUUAACAUUUGAGAAUGCGUCACCGACACUACCAAUAUCUGAAUAUUGGGGGACGAAGUCUUACCUGUCGACAAAUCACUGGGUUCCAACAGGAACCAUUGGAGUUUUUGAGUGCGUUUUAGCAGACCCAUCUAAAGAAAACUCGAUGUCAUUACUUAAUGAAAGCAAUAAAGAAAAAAAGACAAUGAAGUUCAGCACCAGUUCUUUGCCGGUCAACUCCGUUCUCUACUAUAAUAUACGCCUGUCACCCACGGCGUACAUUGUGAGCACUAGCUUUGACGACACCUCCGAGACUGUAUACGAAAACGCCAGAGGGGGAGCACAUUUUAUUAAGGCGAACUUCUCCGACGCUGUGUACGUCAGGCGCUACGAUAUGUCUGCCGGCGGUGCACUCACGGUACCUAUACAGUGUGCGGGCGUGUUAGCUUGUGGAGCAGCCCGCGCCCUGGCACUGAGGAGGGACACCUACCACUGUGGGCUCGAGAGACAUGGAAGGCACGUUGGCGACAAGCUCCGCUGGUUUCUGCCAGCGCCGUUGGCUGGCGGCCACGCAGACUGCAGUACUGCUCGGUCUCGUGAGCAGCUCUCAGGCGGGACAGCUGGCAUGGGUACCAAGGCGGACGGUCAGCCGCCGGAGUAA